GCCCAGUGAGGGACAAUAUUGAUAAUACGCUGCAGCUCAGUUGCAGCUCGCGUGCACUAGCCUCCUCUGCCGCGACCAUGUUCCAAGUGGACCAGUCAACCCUCCUCCUCCUGGGAGCGCUCGCGGCUGCGCUCGUGCUAUGGCGCAGGCACGUCUCGCGUCUUUCCAUCGGCUACGUUUCUGGCCCCAAGGCAUCCUGGCUGUAUGGAAAUAUGAAGGAUUUCGCCUAUCAGAAGAAUGUGGGCGACAUGGACUUCCAGUUCGUCAAGCAGUACGGCAGGGUCUGGAGGAUGCAAGGUCCAUUGGGGCGGAUCCUAAGGCAGGUCAUCGCAGUGCUUCGCAGCUUCACCCAUUCGAACACCCAGCUUUAUACCCAGGCGCUUCAUCACUGCGUCCACAAGGCAGACGAAGUUUACAUCAAACGAGUGGAAACGACCGAGCUCUUUCUUAAGAUGACGGGUAAGGGACUUGUAUGGGCUUCCGGCUCUAUCCACGAGCGACAGCGCAAAAUUAUUGGCCCUGCUUUCAGCAAUGCCCAGAUCCGCUCAUUCCUGCCGUUCUUCCGUGCGGGAGCUGCGAAACUGUCACAGAAAUGGAAAGACGAGCUGCAGUCCAACGGCUCCACCGGCGACGGUAUGGUGUGCGCAGUCGACAAAUGGUUCAACCGAGUGACGCUUGAUAUUAUUGGCGAAACCGCUUUCGAUUACAAUUUCGGCGCCAUCGAUAACAAGGAAAACGAAGUGAGCAGCGCGAUCGCCAACAUGUUCAACGGCGGCCGCCUCCGUCCAUCGAAGCUAGAUUUGCUGCUCAAGAGGACGUGGUACAUGGUCCCCGAACCUGUCCUCCAGCUCAUGCGCCACAUCCCGACGAGGGAGCACAAGCGCUUCCACAGGUGCAGGCAGAUCGUCGACAGAGUCUCUCGGCAGCUCAUCGCCGAGAAGCGCGAGGCGCUCUUGGCCGAGUCCAAGGCGAACCGCGACAUCCUCAGCGUGCUCGUCCUGGCGAACGUGUCCGAGGACCCUCGUGCCCGUCUGAGCGACGAGGAGCUCGUCGCGCAGAUGGCGACGCUCAUACUCGCCGGGCACGUCACGACGGUGAGCACGCUGACCUGGGUCGCGUACGAGCUCGCGCGGCACCCAGACUACCAGGCCAAGAUGCGCGAGGAGAUCCGCGUGACGCGCGGCCGGCUGCGCGCGCAUGGCGCACAGGACUUCAGCGUCGAGGACCUCGAGGGCAUGCCUCUCGUCUCCAGCUGCUUGAAGGAAACGCUGCGGUUCCACCCGCCGCUGUACCACGUGUUCCGCGCCACGGCGGCCGACGACGUGAUCCCCCUCGCGCAGCCGGUCCGGACGGCGUCGGGCAGGUACGUCACGGAGGUCCCCGUCGCCGCCGGCCAGCAGAUCCUCUUCUCGGUCUGCGCGUACCAGCGCCUGCCUGAGGUGUGGGGCGAAGACGCAGACGUGUGGAACCCGAUGCGCUUCGUGGAUGGGACGCUCGAGAGGCAGUCCAAACUCGGGCUCUAUGCCAACCUCAUGGCCUUCGCCGGCGGCGUCCGCGGGUGCCUUGGAUGGCGCUUUUCCAUCGUGGAGACACUCGCCGUCAUCGUCGAGCUGGUGGAGCACUUCCGGCUCGAGCCCACAGACGACACGGCGAAGAUCAUGCGCUUUCCCGCCGGCUUUCCGACGCCCGUCGUCGCUGGCAAGGAGCACGAGGGUCCGCAGCUGCUGCUCAAAGUCUCCCCCGUCCUCUAG